CCUCCAAAAACUCCAAAUACCUGCCCCAUUUCCGUAUAAACAUUUCCAAGCCACCCAGUCUUCCCGAUGACACCUCCUCAUAAGCUGCCACCCUCCCCACCUCCGUGCACCACUCCGGAUAUGGGGGCGCACCAGAUGACCUCCAACCCCUCAAAAUAACCUGCCUGGCAAUCAUCACACAGGUCAGAACCCAGUUCUCUAUAUGGCCAUCCCCCACAUCGAUGACUGUCCCAUCGACCCAGAACACAAAGUCUGGGGCAAAACGAAACCCGAGUGCCCACCACGUCGCACACAAAAUUCUGAACCUUCGACCAGAAUUUCUGGAUCUCGACACACCACCAAAAAACAUAGGCCAUGUCUCCAUCCUCCGACUGGCAUCUCCAGCAGGUGGGUGUGUCUUUAAAACCAAGCCUAUACAGUCUAGAGGGGGUCCAAUAAAAUCUAUGCAAAAUUUUGAAUUGUAUAAGACGCACUUUUGCAUCUCUAGAUGCAGACUUAACGUUUUUAAGAAUCAAAACACUCCUUCCUCCAAUGCCAAGUUGAAAUCUUUCUCCCAUACUCUCUUGAGAGAAGUUAAGGCUCCGUCGCCCAUACACUGAAUUAACAGGGAGUAGUAAACUGAUGCUUCAUGACCUUUUCCAAAAGCUGCAAUCACCUCUCCCAAAGCAUCUGCCUUCUUAGGGGUGUGUGCUAUUCCCAAAAAUAGUACAAAGCAGGUGGCACAGUUGUAAAUACCUAUAAAACUGAGGUCUGGGGAUCCCAAAAUUUUGGACCAAGUUUUCAAACGAUCUCAACACUCCAGUUUCAUAUAGGUCACCGAGUGUAGCAACCCCCCUCACAAUCCACUCUGCCCAGCAGAAAGGGGACUUGCCAAUACACAAUCUUGGGUUCUGCCAUAUGCUCGAGGCAACAUUUAAAUAAGUGUCCAAUUUAAACAAUCUGGACCCUUUAGUCCAUACCGAGUGUAAAUGCAAAAUAACGGGGUGUAACUUAACUUUUCCGAUUAGUUUGAUAGAGAUGCUUUGUAAUGACGAAAUAGGGGCAAGAACUGGCUCUCUCAGGUGGAAGUGACCAAUGAGCCAAAUGUCUGAGACUGAACGCAUAGUAAUAAAACAAAAUCUUGGGUAGGCCUAGCCCACCUUUGUCUAUCGGCCUAUGUAACUUAUUAAAAUGCAAUCUGGGACGUUUACCAUUCCAAAUGAAGGACUUUGCUAUGCUAUCAAAUUGCUUGAAAUAAGAGAGGGGGACAUCAACAGGGAGAGAUUGUUGCAGGUAGUUACAUUUUGGAAUACAAAUCAUCGUUUUUUUGCUAGUUUAGGAAGAUCUAAUGGUUCCACAAAGUUUCUAAUAUCUUCAUCAGUAGAUAAAGACGUGGAACUAUAAAGAUCAAUAUAGAAUACUUUAAAGGCAUUAUUAAUAUGUGGCUGAGGUAAAAAUGUCACCACCAGCAGAUUUCACUGAGAGAAUAAUAGAAAGAGACUCUCUCUGCUUUAUAUAUCUAGCCAAAAGCUUCCCUGCUUUGUAUGACUGUCUUGCCCUGAAUAACCAAAACUCCACUUUCCGCGACAAAAUAGUAUUAUAUCUAUAUUUCAAUCGGGUCAAUUCUCUGAGGCCAUCAGCUGACAUACAGCACUUCAGCUCUGCCUCGGCACUUUUAAUAUUUCCUUCCAACUCCACGAGUUCUCGUGCUUUGGAUUUUUUGAUGAAUGAGGCAUACUGUAUGAUCCGAUCCCUAAGAACCGCCUUAAGUGCCUCCCAAGCCACGCCCACAGAGGAUACUGAGGACCAGUUGGUCUCCAUAUAAACAUUGAUUUCAGUCUUUAACAUUUGUUGGAAAUCAGGAUUUUGAAAAAGGGAUACAUUAAGGUGCCAACUAUAUGAUUUAUUUUUCUCUAUAUGUGGCAUCACCUCUAAACUCACCAGGGCGUGAUCUGAGACUAAAAUGUUUCCAAUUGAGCAAUCCACAACAGAUGAAAUGAGGGAUUUGGAUAUAAAAAAAAAAAUCUAUUCUAGAAUAAAUCUGAUGGACUGAUGAAAAUAAUGUAUAGUCCCUACCAGAUGGGUUCAAAAGUCUCCAAAUAUCCGUAAGAACAAGCUUUUUACACAUGCUGUGAAGCGUCAAUGUUGCUCUAGGGGGUUUACACACUUUUGCUUCACUGUGAUCAAGGACUGAGUCCAUCAAAAGAUUAAAGUCUCCUCCCAAUAUUAUAUCAUGAGGGGUGCCAGCAGUUUGCAACAUCCCUUCAAGAUCUAUAAAAAAGCCCUGAUCAUCAGCGUUAGGUGUGUAAAUAUUAGCCAAAAUCAACCUUUGCCCUUGAAUUUAAGCUAAAACAAUAAUGACUCUCCCUAAUUUAUCUUUAAUCUGUUUGAGACAUUUGAAAUGUAGAUGUUUAUUAAUCAAUAUAAUAACUACCUUGCUCUUACUUGAGCCAGCACUAAAAAAAAAUAUGUCCUCCCAUAUCUUACCAAAUUUUUCAGCUUCCCGCGGGGGAGAGAUGUGUUUCUUGAAGAAACACUGUAUCAUAUUUCUUACAUUUAAGAAAAGUAAUAACCUUCCUUCUUUUUAUGGGGUGCCCCAAUCCAUUUACAUUCCAUGUGGAGAGAGAUAGUACACUCAUAUUAACACUUGACAUUUUGAUAUAGUAGAUAAAAUUAAUUGUGUGUCAAAAACAAAAUUAUACAGACCACAUUCCCCAUUAGUGAAACAAUCAAACCCCAAACUUCCCCCCGAACAAAACAAACAGAAAAAAAAAACGUGCGAAUUAACCCCGUGCACGAAAGUGCCAACCGGCGACAAUCCCUCUAAACUCAAAAGGUCCAUGAAUGCCCACGAGCCCCCACGACAAAUUUGCCAUCGGAUUGCACAAUUUUGCCUCACAAAUUUGUGAUCGCGUUUCUCCCUUAUCGAGUUCGUAAAGUCUGGGAACAAGAAAAUAUUAUGGUUCUUCCAAGAAAGUUUCCCUUUGCUCCUCGCCUGGCGCAACACAAGAUCUUUAUCGGAUGAUCUCAGAAAUCUGGCCAGAAUCGAUCAGGGCCUAUCUCCCUCAGCAAAUCUGUGAGCUCGCUCGAUUUCCAGCUUGUGGCCUGUUAUGUUGAGCAGACUCGGGAAAAACUCGUCUAGGAAUUUCACCAUAUCUCUGCCCUCCUCAUGUUCAGGAAUUCCAACAAUUCGAACAUUAUUCCUGCGGCUUCUAUUCUCAAGAUAUUCAAGCUUUUCAAGGAGAUGUUCCAAAUCAAUUUUGGUCACGGGCGGAUUAGCGGUUAAUUCCCUCUCCGAAGAUUCCAAAAAAUCGAUUUGUCUAUCAACAUCAGUCACUCUUGUAACUAGCUCAGAGAAUUUUGUUUCCAUUGCCAUAAUCGAUCGACGUAUUACAGCGAGAUCCUUCAAGUCAGCAAGAAUCAUCGUCAACAUCACUGACAUGUUGGACAACUGACGCUGGAUCUCCUCUCCCGCCGCUCCAUCCAAAUCAAGUCCCUGGUCUGUAGGUCUGUCGGGUCCUGAACAUGAUUUGGCUCUGAGGAACUUUCUUUUUCUUUUUCUCUUUCUUUCUUUCUUUCUUUCUUUCUGCACUAUUUGCUCAAAUGAAAUCUUGAGGAGUUGUGUUGAAGAAUGCUUUUGGAUAAGUCCAGCAGCAUGAGUUUGAUGGACAUCUCGAAGAUCUUCUCUCUUCUUCAACCCAAAGAGGAUGAGGAGGAAGACACCAACUUCUGUCAGCAGCUCAAUCAAGCCGUCUUCAAUGAUGAUGACAAACUCCUCAUGGAUCUUCUCUCUCAGGAUGAGUUCAGGAGAUGCAUCAAUCACCGCAGCGGUUGGGGCAUCCCGGUCACUCCAUUGCGCACAGCCGCGGCUCAGGGUCAUCUUCGCUGUCUGGAGCUUCUGCUGGUUCAUGGGGCCGAGGUGGACUGCCUCGAUGUGAAAGCCCAGACACCACUCUUCACAGCUGUUAGCGCCAAACAUCUUGACUGUGUUGUGGCUUUAUUAAAAGCUGGAGCGAACCCGAAUGGCAGCCCAUAUAACAAUUGCUCCCCCGUGCUCACUGCGGCCCGAGAGGGUGAUGUGGAUAUCCUGAGGGAGCUCUUGCAACACGGCGCUGAAGUCGACGUCAAAACAAAGAUGCCCGACUGGGCCACAAACUCUACCUCCUGCCGAGGACCACUCUAUAUUUCUGCUGUUUAUGGGCAUCUGGAUUGUUUCAAACUGUUGCUGCAGUAUGGAGCGAGCCCAGACUAUAACUGUACUGAGGAGAAGAUGCUGAGCAGGAUGAAACAACCCAAGACUGUGCUGGAGAUGUGUCUCAGAUACGGAUGUGGACUGGAAUACAUUCAGCUGCUCAUAGACUUUGGAGCAAACAUUUAUCUGCCAACUUUAAUCAUUGAUAAAACCAUCAGACAGAAUGAAGCAGUGAUGCUGUUACUCAAAGACAGAGUUUGUCCUAAAACACUGAUGUCUCAGACGCGGCUUUCAGUACGAAAGUUCCUUCCCCUGGAAAACAAAAUUAGCUCCAUAGACAGUCUGGAUAUUCCUCAAAUACUGAAGAACUAUUUGAAACAUGCAUGCUGAUUUUCCCUCCUGAUGUGAAUAACAUCUUGUAAGAUUUUAGUUAAUGUUAUUUUUCCCUUUUUAUACAAUUUUUUAAUAUUUUUCUGUAUUAAGAAUUCUGAUAAUUAAGUCUAAGUUAAUGGGAUUAUUUUAUUAUUUAUACAAAAAUAUUUAUUAUAUUAAUUCUACAUCUAAUCUAUUUCAAAUUCAUGUGUGUAUCAGGUUUGUUCUUUUUCUGUUGUAAUGGUGAAUUUAAUAAACGUGAAACACUGUCCUAUAACGGUUUAAAUGUUUACUGCCAAAGGAUGUGUGUGCAACUCAACUCCAUCUUGUGGUGAUUUUUGUAAGUUUUUGAUUUUGUAAGAGUUGCUUCUGACAACUAUUAAUAGAUUCAGUGUCAUUAUUUGUUAUUUUGAGAGAGAAUAUUCUGAUUGUUUGCAUCUAAUUUAUGAGUUGUUUAAAAUGAUGUAUGAUAUAAAAAAAUCAUAAUGAUCUCAAGUAAGAUUGUCAGGGUGAAAUUUAAUGUAAAUGUUAAAUGUCCUUAUUUAAAUGUCCUUAUUAAGAACCAGCCAAUGCUAAAUAAAAUAAAUAAAUGGUCAUAUAAUUUAAUUGAACAUUUUAAUAAAUACUUGAAUAUUUGAAGAGAUAUUCUGGGUCCAGACUGACUUGGACAACUUUUUUUUAAUUUAAUUUUAUUUAUUUUUUUUUUUAUGUAUCUUUCAACUUUAAAUUGUAACUUUUACAAGUAGCUUAGCAAAUAUUGUAGUGCUUUGAAAUAUGUUUUUAAUUAAAGUACAAUUGAACAUUAAAGUUUGUUGCUGUUGGACAUUUUAUAACUGUUAAUGCCAUACUAUUCCGAACAGUGUUACAGACACACAAUAGGUCAGUUCAUUUGAUGAAAAUAAUGCACAAUUAAUCAAUUAAUAAAACAUACCUACAAUUAUCACAUUUGAAAUGAGCAAGACUAGUUCCUUCCUGUGCAAACUAUUGCUCAUGAUCAAUAUUAAAUCAUAUAUACACUGUAUAUACACAUAUCUAUGUCCUGCCAUCAGAGGUCACUGUUACAACAGUAUUGAUCAUAAGUUGUCAAUGGUUAAAUACACACACAUGCAAUUAUUUCAGUAAAAAAAAUGAUCAAUUUGAUUUUGAAGAUUUUACUGGAUUCAUGUAUUUCUUUUAUUUGGUUGAUGUGUCAUGAAAACUCUGCAUACAAAAACCCAUUAUAUGUAUUAUUAUUAUUAUUAUUAUUAUUAUUUUGUGUGUGGUUUAUUUAAUAAACUUGCAGUUCAUUUUUAUUUCUUUAAAUG